GAAUUUUUCCCAACGUACGCAGUAAACAUCUCAAGUUACAUGAAAUCUCUAAACUAGCUACAUUGUAUGCACCAAAGAAAUUGAGAAGCACCUUUCUUUAGUCUGAAGAGUCAGAAUCUAAAAAGCUGAUUUUACAUGCAGUUAUUUUUAUGGCCAAGUACGUGAGACCCCAAGCAUUAUUUCUACUGCUCAUUGUCCUUGCUGUCAUUGACUGGUCACAGGCUAGUAAAAAUCAGAUUAAGGAGACAUUGAUUUCACUGGACCAGGUACAGAAUGUACACCAUCAUCAAAAGAGAGCAAAUUCUGACAAAGACGAUGACAAUAAUCUGCGCACAAGUCUCAUCAUCGUCUUCACCCUUGGAAUAACAAUAGGACUCUUGCUCAUCAUGACUAUCUGUGCUGUUUGUAUGCUGCACAGAGCUCGCUAUGGGAGAUUCUGCUGCUUGGAAGCGAAAAUAAGGUAUCCUCGGCAAGCUCUUAACUUUGAAUCUGAUCGUAGUGAAGAAGAAACUGAGCUGACUGGACCUCCACAGUACGAUGCUACAUACUUGGUCAACGAGUCACCACCAGUGUAUGAAGACGCACUGCAAGACAUAGUGAUUGCAGCCGGUAUUGACACAAGUGAAAUUGAACUUCCUCCAUAUCCAUUGAGCCAGUCCAACAAUUCUAUUUCAUCUGAGACGCAAUUGCAAGAAACUGAGAACGAAGAGAGUAGACAAGAGGAAGAGAGUAGACAAGAAUACAACAAUACUGUUACAUAGAGACUUUGAAACUGAAAAUGUUGUCAGACAUAUCAUGUACAGCUAUGAUUCUGGUGGCACAUUUAUAGCUAUACAUAAUUAUAAGAGACAAAACACUGUAUAAUUAUGAUCCUCUCCAUUAUUUUGCA